AUGAGGGGUCCCUACAAAAGGCCUGGGGAGAAUGAAGGCGAGGAGGAGGAGGAGGAGGAGGAGGAGGAGGAGGAGGAGGAGGCGGCGGCGGCGGCGGCGGCGGCCGCUGGGCAUCUUGCAGGAGCUCCGGAGGCCGAACAGCGUUCGGAAGUUGAUUCAGACUCCGACCAGGAGACGGAAGGCAUCCAUGGGCCUGGAGUACUGGUCAAGGACACCCUCUACCUGAGGUCUUGCCAGGCCCAUAGAGUUGUGCCCGCCUCCUGCUUUCUGCGCCAAGGGAGCACCCCAGAGCUGAACCUGCGGCACCGUGGCCUGGGGCCCCAGGGUGCCCGGGCUCUGGCUUUCGCACUGAACUCCAAUCCCUGUGUCAAGCGGCUGGACCUUCGAGACAAUGGGCUCUGUGGGGCCGGUGCAGAGGCCCUGGCAGGUGCCCUAAGCAAAAGCAGCAGCAUUUGUGAUGUGGACCUGUCGGAGAACCAGCUGGGAGCAGUGGGAGCCCAGGCUGUCUGUGCUGCCCUCAUGGUGAACCCAACCAUGCAGAAGAUACAGCUGGCAGGAAAUGGCCUAGACGAGCAGGCAGCCCCGUACCUUGCUGAACUCCUGCUGGCCCACACAGGCCUGAAAGCCCUGGACUUGAGCUAUAACCAGCUGAAUGACCAAGCAGGGGAGAUGCUUGGACCAGCCCUGGCAGAAAAUACUGGACUCACCGAGCUUAAUAUAAACUGGAAUCACCUUCGAGGACCAGGAGCUGUAGCCUUUGCCAGGGCACUGGAGGCAAACAUCUUCCUGAGAGUCCUGGACAUCUCAUACAAUGGCUUUGGAGAUCCUGGAGCAUCUGCAGUGGGUGAGGCACUUAAGACCAACAAUGUGUUGGAAGAGCUCAACAUGAGCAACAACCGCAUCUCUGCAGUGGGAGCCCUGAGCCUGGGCCUGGGCCUCCGGGUCAACCAGACACUGAGGAUUCUUGUUAUGUCCAGGAAUCCCAUGCGAGGCGAAGGCUGCUUUGGAGUUCUAAAGUCUGUCCGGGAUAAUCCAGGGUCUGCCCUAGAACUGCUGGAUUUCUCUGAUAUCCAAGUGGACAGAGAGUUUGAUGACCUUGCUAUCUCAGUGAAGGUAAUUCUUCCAGCACUUUAUAUCAAGACUGCUGCCCACAGAGUGGAGUAAAAAGACUUGCCUCCAGUCUACACCCCGUCCCUACUGGCGUCUGUCCCUAAGUGACUGUGGUAUGUGGCUUCCUCUCACAUUGGCCACUUCAACUUCCAUGUGGAGAGUUCUUGGCCUCAUGAUGCUUUAUUACCACUUGAGUCUGCAGUGAGUCCCCAUGUCAGCUGGGUGGUAAGUCCUGUGGAGCCUGUCUUCAUGAUGAUUCAGACACUUGUACCCUCCUCUCCAUCCCAUGGCCUCUGUUAAUGCAGAGCAUUAAUGCAGCCUUCCUUUGCUCACGCUAAUUUCCGUAACAUGAACUUGUGCUGUGUGCUACAUGUUGAGCUGGGUAUGGGGUCAAAGAUCUCCAAAGUUCCUGCCUUGGUGACUUCAAGAGACCAUGAAAAUAUAAGGUGGUGUGUGACUGGCAUUCCCAAACUCAACUUGCCAGAGCGCAAACUGACACAAGGUUUUUGGAAGGUUUUAUGUACCAAGAGCCUUAAAACUGCCUAUGCCCUUUGAUUCAAUGGUCUGACUAAUCUGCUCUUCAGAAAUAACCAGAGGUGCAUAAAAAUAUUGAU